AGUCACUGAAAGUCCGCGGCCAAACAGACAACGAAAACCCAUCGCGAUAUUUUCACGAUUUUCCUCGUGGUUUUUCAUGAUUCCGUAACCGAAAAAUUCGAUUUGAAUCAAAAAAAUGAAGGAAGUUAUCGAAUUCGAUUUUUUUUAAAACAUUCCUCACCGAGAAAAUACUUUUUCCAUAGUUGCUUACAUCGUGGAAGUUUGUAGUGUGGAAAAUGUGAAAAAAUAUGAUUUUUCCUAUUAUUAGGACAACUGAAAAACGUUCUAAGUGUAAAACAAAAAAAUCGCGAUGAAUAUUUUAUUUACACCACCUUGUAUACAACAAACUAGAGAUCAGUGGCUAAAUGAUUCGUACGUAGCGCCGUAGACGAUGGGCGAUGAAAAUCCGUCGAAUUGUUCGGAGGAGCCGUAUGGCAAUUACAGCUCGAUAUUCGGUACGACGGACGUACCCGAAUGGGAAGCCAUACUAACCAUAGCUACGUUGACGUUCCUGAUACUUUUGACGAUAAUAGGAAACAUAUUAGUGAUACUGAGCGUUUUUACGUACAAACCUUUGAGGAUCGUCCAAAAUUUUUUCAUCAUAUCGUUGGCCGUAGCCGAUCUUACGGUAGCCGUAUUAGUUUUACCUUUUAACGUGGCUUACGCCGUGUCCGGACGAUGGAUUUUCGGGAUUUACGUUUGCAAGAUGUGGUUGACGUCCGAUAUCCUCUGUUGUACGGCGUCUAUUUUGAACCUGUGCGCUAUAGCUUUAGAUCGAUUUUGGGCUAUAACCGAUCCGAUAAAUUACGCCCAAAAACGCACCGUCAAAAGGGUAUUAAUAAUGAUAGGGAUCGUUUGGGUAUUGUCUCUAAUAAUAAGCGUUCCGCCUCUAAUAGGCUGGAACGAUUGGCCGUCUCCCGAAAAGUUCGCCGAAGAGCAAGUUUGCGUUCUAACCAAACGACGAGGUUACGUCAUUUAUUCGUCAUCCGGAUCCUUUUUCAUCCCCCUAUUGAUCAUGACGAUUGUUUAUAUCGAAAUAUUCAUAGCGACGAAGAGGAGACUGAGAGAACGCGCCGCGGCGGCCAAAAUAAACAUAUCGAGAAACGAAAACGCCGCCGGCGGUAGGAAUUGGGAAAAUAGAGAUAGAGAAAGCGUUAGCAGCGAGACGAAUCAUAACGAACAUUCCGAAGAACGAAACAAAUCCGACGAUAAAUUGGUCAAAAAGAAAAAAGGCGGUAAAACCAAUUUGAGGGCGGUGCUCGUGCACGAAGAUUCCCUGACGGAUUUCGGGGAAAAUUCCGAUAAAAAAAACGUCGAUAAACCGGGCAAUCGCUCUUCUACGACUGUUAGUAUAACAACUUCGAAGCCCAGUCCUAAAGUUGCUCUGAUAGAAGGAGCCAAAAAACCGGGAUUCGUUUAUCAGUUUAUCGAGGAAAAACAGAAAAUUUCUUUGUCUAAGGAACGAAGAGCGGCUAGAACUUUGGGUAUAAUCAUGGGGGUGUUUGUUGUAUGUUGGGUACCGUUUUUUUUGAUGUACGUUAUCAUACCGUUUUGUUCGGUGUGUUGUCCUUCGAGGAGAUUCGUUAAUUUCAUCACUUGGUUAGGUUAUAUCAAUUCUUUUUUGAAUCCUAUCAUUUAUACUAUUUUCAAUAUUGAUUUCCGGAGGGCGUUCAGGAAAUUAUUGGGACUAGGAGGAUGGAAAACUUAAUUAUAAUAUUUGGAAAGUUUUAAACGAUAUACAACUUUCAUUAGAAUCAUUUUUCAGUUUCUAAAUUUACGUUGACAUUGACGUUGACAUUGACACAAGCUCUACCUUUAAACAUAUCGAUUAGUUUGAAGUUUUAGGUAUUUUAUGGACAAUUUUUGGGGUUAUAAUAAAAAAAAACGAUUUUGGUUUGUGUUUAAAUCAAUUGAAAAUGAAUAUUCUUCUCUAUUUAUUUCUUUAAUGAAUCUUUUUAUCAUUUCAAUUCCAACUUUUAUAUAAUUCGCUUCUAAAUUCACGUUGACGUUGACGUUGACAUUGACGCAAACUCUACCUUUAGACAUUUCGAUUAGUUUGAAGUUUUAGGUAUUUUAUGGACAAUUUUUGGGGUUAUAAUAAAAAAAAACGAUUUUGGUUUGUGUUUAAAUCAAUUGAAAAAGACAAUUCUUCUCUAUUUAUUUCUUUAAUGAAUCUUUUUAUCAUUUCAAUUCCAACUUUUAUAUAAUUUGCUUCUAAAUUCACGUUGACGUUGACUUUGACAUUGACGCAAACUCUACCUUUAGACAUUUUGAUUAGUUUGAUGUUUUAGGUAUUUUCUGGACAAUUUUUGGGGUUAUAACAAAAAAAAACGAUUUUGGUUUGUGUUUAAAUCAAUUGAAAAUGAAUAUUCUUCUCUAUUUAUUUCUUUAAUGAAUCUUUUUAUCAUUUCAAUUCGAACUUUUAUAUAAUUUGCUUCUAAAUUCACGUUGACGUUGACUUUGACAUUGACGCAAACUCUACCUUUAGACAUUUUGAUUAGUUUGAUGUUUUAGGUAUUUUCUGGACAAUUUUUGGGGUUAUAACAAAAAAAAACGAUUUUGGUUUGUGUUUAAAUCAAUUGAAAAUGAAUAUUCUUCUCUAUUUAUUUCUUUAAUGAAUCUUUUUAUCAUUUCAAUUCCAACUUUUAUAUAAUUUGCUUCUAAAUUCACGUUGACGUUGACGUUGACAUUGACGCAAGCUCUACCUUUAAACAUUUCGAUUAGUUUGAAGUUUUAGGUAUUUUAUGGACAAUUUUUGGGGUUAUAACAAAAAAAAACGAUUUUGGUUUGUGUUUAAAUGAAUUAAAAAAGAAAAUUCUUCUCUAUUUUUUUCUUUAAUGAAUCUUUUUAUCAUUUCAACUCCAACUUUUAUAUAAUUCGCUUCUAAAUUCACGUUGACAUUGACGUUGACAUUGACGCAAACUCUACCUUUAGACAUUUUGAUUAGUUUGAUGUUUUAGGUAUUUUCUGGACAAUUUUUGGGGUUAUAACAAAAAAAAAACGAUUUUGGUUUGUGUUUAAAUCAAUUGAAAAUGAAUAUUCUUCUCUAUUUUUUUCUUUAAUGAAUCUUUUUAUCAUUUCAAUUCCAACUUUUAUAUAAUUUGCUUCUAAAUUCACGUUGACGUUGACGUUGACAUUGACGCAAACUCUACCUUUAGACAUUUUGAUUAGUUUGAUGUUUUAGGUAUUUUCUGGACAAUUUUUGGGGUUAUAACAAAAAAAAACGAUUUUGGUUUGUGUUUAAAUGAAUUGAAAAAGACAAUUCUUCUCUAUUUUUUUCUUUAAUGAAUCUUUUUAUCAUUUCAACUCCAACUUUUAUAUAAUUCGCUUCUAAAUUCACGUUGACGUUGACGUUGACAUUGACGCAAGCUCUACCUUUAGGCAUCUUGAUUAGUUUGAAGUUUUGGUUAUUUUAUGGACAAUUUUUGGGGUUAUAAUAAAAAAAAACGAUUUAGGUUUGUGUUUAAAUGAAUUAAAAAUGAAUAUUCUUCUCUAUUUUUUUAUAAAAUACGAGGUUCCAUUAAAAAAAAGAUGAUUAUGCCAAAUUCUUUAAUCUCGGAAAUUUUUUCAAAUAAUGGUGACUGCGCCCACGACAUCCACCAAAUUAUUUAUCGAUUAUUAUUAUUAGACAGCACUGUAUAAUUUAUAAUUGGAAGCAUUUGAUACAAAUCGUGGAUAGAUUUUCUGCUACCUUAUUGAAAUUGAUAAGAAAUUUUCUAUUUCCCAAAAUUCAGUUCAUUAUUUUAAACCACAUCGAACUGUGAAUAUUCGUUAUAAUUUUUUGACACUUUUUACUAAUAAUUUAUAUACGCUGUAUAUUUUUGAAGUAAUUGAAAGACUAACUAGUACAGUUAUAUCAAAAUUAUUCAAAUAGUACAGUAUUUAACGUGGAAAUAAUAAAUGAAACUCCGUAGAGUUCUAUGAACUGUCAGACUUAUGUCACCGCUCGCUUUAUCGAUGGAUUCAGAUUUUCGUGUUGUCAGUCUUCUUUUUUACACAUUAAAUGUCAUUCAUGUCAUAAAAAUAUUUUUAAAUCAAUUUUAAAUGUCUUAUCAAUUCGAAACUUGGUAAAUUAUUUUUUUUUUAGUUAAAAUUAUGUAUAAGUUUAUCUUAUUUUCUUUUUAAGAAGCUACAGUUGAAAGUUCGUCUUCUUUUUUAUUCGUGAAGCUACUGUCAAACGCUUAGUUUUAAUUCUAUUGACACGGAACAUUUUUAAAUGUUUUAUAAAUUCGAAAUUUGGUAGAUUCAUCUUCUUUUUUAUUUAUGGAACUACGGUGGAAAGGGAUAAAGUUUUAUCUUUCAAGAACUAAUUAAUCUACAAAGAAAAACUUUCUAUAUAAAUAAAUAUAUAAUAAUUUUACGGUAAUUCCCAUUUGUUUUAUGUUAAGACUGAUUCAAUUUGUAAAUAUUUAUAUUAGAAUGUAGAAAAUGUUUAUAACCUAAGAAAUGAUGUUAUUUUUAAUAGCUGUCAAAGGGAUUGUUAGUGAGACCUUAAAAACCUCCGUAAUAAUCCUGAAUUUGUCUCAAAGGAUAUCACGAAAAUGAAAAGACUUUAAUAUCUUAAUCCUCAGCAAACACUUUUUCUGAUGUGUUCUUACCACGAACAUAAAUCUUAGUUUGGAGGACGGCGCUUUUAAGUCUUAUUAUUAAUUCAUUCUCUUCCAUUCCAGGAAGUUACACAAGCCAUUAUUUAUAUUAAAGGAACAUUUUAAGUGUCAAGUCACUCAAAAUACCUCAUGAUUAAUAUUAGUUUCGUUUGUUGAUUUUGUAUUCGAUUCAGAUCACAAUUUGUUUUCGUUUAUAAUCUUAACCUUCCACAGACGUUAUCAGCAUUCCAUAGCGUUAUUAUUAUUACUCAGGUGACCUUUACCAUCCACCCAAAUGUCGGAAGAUUAAACUCGAGAAGGACGUUUCGUAAUCGACAACAAACGAAACGAUUUCAAGUCCAAGUUUUCAUAAUUCGCUUCUAAAUUCACGUUGACAUUGACGUUGACAUUGACACAAGCUCUACCUUUAGACAUUUUGAUUAGUUUGAUGUUUUAGGUAUAUUCUGGUUAAUUUUUGGGGUUAUAACAAAAAAAAACGAUUUUGAUUUGUGUUUAAAUGAAUUGAAAAAGACAAUUCUUCUCUAUUUUUUUCUUUAAUGAAUCUUUUUAUCAUUUCAACUUCAAGUUUUUUAUCAUUCGCUUCUCAAUUCACGUUGACAUUGACGUUGACAUUGACACGAGCUCUACCUUUAGACAUUUUGAUUAGUUUGAUGUUUUAGGUAUUUUCUGGUUAAUUUUUGGGGUUAUAACAAAAAAAACGAUUUUGGUUUGUGUUUAAAUGAAUUGAAAAAGACAAUUCUUCUCUAUUUUUUUCUUUAAUGAAUCUUUUUAUCAUUUCAACUCCAAGUUUUAUAUAAUUCGCUUCUAAAUUCACGUUGACAUUGACGUUGACAUUGACACGAGCUUCACCUUUAGACAUUUUGAUUAGUUUGAUGUUUUAGGUAUUUUCUGGUUAAUUUUUGGGGUUAUAACAAAAAAAAACGAUUUUGAUUUGUGUUUAAAUGAAUUGAAAAAGACAAUUCUUCUCUAUUUUUUCUUUAAUGAAUCUUUUUAUCAUUUCAACUCCAAGUUUUAUAUAAUUCGCUUCUCAAUUCACGUUGACAUUGACGUUGACAUUGACACGAGCUCUACCUUUAGACAUUUUGAUUAGUUUGAUGUUUUAGGUAUUUUAUGGACAAUUUUUGGGGUUAUAACAAAAAAAAACGAUUUUGGUUUGUGUUUAAAUGAAUUGAAAAAGACAAUUCUUCUCUAUUUUUUUCUUUAAUGAAUCUUUUUAUCAUUUCAACUCCAAGUUUUAUAUAAUUCGCUUCUGAAUUCACGUUGACGUUGACGUUGACAUUGACACGAGCUUCACCUUUAGACAUUUUGAUUAGUUUGAUGUUUUAGGUAUUUUCUGGUUAAUUUUUGGGGUUAUAACAAAAAAAACGAUUUUGGUUUGUGUUUAAAUGAAUUGAAAAUGAAUAUUCUUCUCUAUUUUUUUCUUUAAUGAAUCUUUUUAUCAUUUCAAUUCCAACUUUUAUAUAAUUCGCUUCUCAAUUCACGUUGACAUUGACGUUGACAUUGACACGAGCUUCACCUUUAGACAUUUUGAUUAGUUUGAAGUUUUGGUUAUUUUCUGGACAAUUUUUGGGUUUACCAUCCACACAAACAAGAUUAAACUCGAAAAGGACGUUUCAUAAUCGACAACAAACGAAACGAUUUUAAGUGAAUAUAAUGAUAAAAAUUCGGAAUUUAAUACGAAACGUCAAAAUAUGGGUAAAAUUUACUCAUACGACAUUUUGUUUUUGAAUUAUAAGCAUUCGAAUUUGCGAAAUCGAAAGUAUAUUUUCUCAAUUAAACAUUCGAAAAUUAUGAAUUUUGUAUAUGGCAAGAAAACGGUUCGUUAUAAAGAAACAUUCUAAAAAAAUUAGCAUAAAUUGAUAUUGACAUUUUAGCCUUGAGUAUUUGAAUAAUCCCGCUCAAAAUAGAACUCACCACGCCCUCUACCUGUAGUAGUAGAUAAACUACUUGCGAGGUGUCAAUUUAGCUCAAAACAGUGUCGAAUUCGAGUCCUUUGUACCCCAAUGUGUUAAAAAAAGUUAUUUUUUAGUCGAAACUUAAAUUACAUUCACAAAUUAUAUCGAAAUUUUCUUAUAAUAAAAGUUUUCCGUUGGGUUUCAUACUUCAAUGAGUACUAACAAGAAAGAACGUUCGUUUCAUGAUUGAUUAAUGAUUUCUACUACUUUUCCGAACGCUCUAUUAGAUCCUAAACAUUUUUCCACUAAAUCUAUAAUUACCUCUAUGAGAAAUGAAGCUUCAAAAUAAUUGAUAAGCGCUCAGUUAGUAUAAGGUGUUGAAUUUCAACAAUAAUUCAAACUGGAAAAUUCCAAUUACAAACUUCAGUGUAUAAUUACGUCUUUCCACUUUGGAAAACUUUCUAGCAACACUUGGAAAAUACUUAAUAAUCUAACAGAAGUUAGUAGCUCUCAUAUUAAGACUUUGACUUAUUCUUUUACCUAAAGAAAACUCCCGGAAGGCCAUUUUCUUUACGAGGAAUUUUUCUUUUCCAUUAAUUGGAUAAAUUAACAGUCUUCGACCAUUUUCUCUGCUAUAAAAGGAUUAUUUUCCAAUAAAUACGCUUUCAAAUUUCAAUUGGACAAUGAUUGUGCAUUUUUUUCGCUUUUUACACUAUCGAGCUCUUGAAUUGUGGACUCCUUUCUGUUUUUGAUUCGUGUUAGUGAUCAUUCCGAAGGUAAUUCAAUAGUUUUUCGGCAUUGAAUGUGAUUUACCAGAUCAGGUCGAGGUUUUAUACUAAACUUAACUACUUAACAACAGCAGCUAUUAAAAAAUCAUAACAAUCGAUUAUAUAAGAAAUUUAAAUUAGAUAUUUGACAACAACAAAUAUGACAGGUAUUUUAGAAAAAUUCUGAGCCCGUUUUUCAUUCGUAACUGUCAUGUUUGACACUGAACUGAUUGUGUAAAUGUACUGUUUUAUAUAUGACAUAGUUUAAUGUAAAUAUACAUAUAUAGUAUUGAAAAUGCAACAUUGUAAAUACUUCUUUAAUUGGAAAUUGUUGUAAGAAUCAAAAAUAGAUGCAAUAAAAUUUUUGUCUCCAA